AGGGGGGAAAAUAUGUAUCCAACUACGCCCGCACAUGUUCCGUGUCUCCACCGUUCGUUGUAGAGCAUUCAGCAUAGUGUUGUGUACCCGCGAUAUCCAUAUAGGUUAUACGAUUGUAGGAUUAGGGUUUUGUCAAGUAGAUAAGCAUUUGAGGUAGCUGAUAAUGGAAAGCUCACUUAGAUAUGGCGGAGACUCCAAAUCCCUGAGAAUCCAUGCCAAGGAAAAGUAUCCCAUCGCCGCCGAUUCCAAUACUCAAUUGCAGCUUCAUGGAGAGCUGGACACAAGGAUUGGAGCUCCAAGUUAUCUUAGUGCGAUGAUAAGGCAUUUCUAUCCUGAUGUAUCAGCUAGCAUUGGCGCAGGUAUUCAAUACACCAGGCACGAAAAGUUAAGGUACAGUGUUCGUGGAAAGAAGACAAUUCCGGUGACUGACAAUGGGUUGAUAAACUUUAACAUCAAGGGUAGAAUGAUUAUUGACAAGGAAUUUAAAGAGAGGGAGCCCCAAGGAGCAGCUGAAUUUACUUGGAUCAUCUAUAAUUUUAAAAAAGACCAAGAUUUGAGGUUGAAAGUUGGCUAUGAAGUUGUUGACAAGAUUCCGUACUUCCAGAUUAGGGAAAAUAACUGGACGUUCAAUGCUGACACUAAAGGCAAAUGGAAUGUGAGAUAUGACUUGUGAGAGGAAAUUUUUUGACUAGCAUACAGGUGGGAUGCAAUUCAAUUAGUAGCAGCAAAGUAAUAUUUCCCUUUAUAUUUUACUAGUGAUACUAGUCACUGGGAAGGGUUGUGAUUGCAGAUUGUUAUGUUCUAGGAAUCGGAUGCCAUUGUUUUCUGAUUAACAGACGUGAAUUUUCUCAAUAUUUUCUAUAAUAACAUACUUGUUUUGGUAGUA